AGGUACUCUGUAGCUCCAAGAAAUUUUAUACAAUCCUUAGACGCGUCAGAAAAUGGGUUUCAAGCAGGAGCAGAGCGACUUCUAUGUGGAGUCCGAGACCCGGUUGUUCAUCGGCGCGAUGGGCCCGAACAUCAAGGAGGAACAGCUGCGAGAGUAUUUAUUUUUGCGUCUUGCUGAUCAUUGCACGACGAAGACGGCUGAGUGUCUGUUAUGUAGCUCCCUGGAUUUUGUUAUCCUAUCGCCUUUUGUGUGAGCAUUUACAAGCCACUAAAGUAACGCGAGCAUUGAUUCAGAUUCACCUCCCGCAAUUAAUUGUCAGGCACUUUUCUAAAUUCGGGGCUAUCACGGAGUGCAACCUGAAAGCCGACCUCGCUUCGGGCAAGAGCAAGGGCUACGCUUUUCUGUCGUUUGAAGAUUCGUCUGCGAUUGUGGAGGUUUUGAAGCCUGAGAACGUGCCGCAUACGCUCGUGGACGACGCCGGCCAGGAAAAAAUCCUCGAUGUCAAGCGCGCCAAGGAAAUCGCGGAAACCGAGGAGGUACAGAUUUACAUACUCAGUUCCUCUUUCCCUUCGCAACUGAUGAUGGAGGCAUUUUCAUAGGGUGCGUUUCGUUUUGUAACACAAAAAACACAACAUAUUAUCAGACCUCCACCCAAAAAAUUUUUGUCGGCGCGUUGCCCGAAACCUGUACCAGCGACAAGUUGCGGGCGUAUUUCGGCAAGUACGUAUUGAGAGGAAAAAUCCCCCCUCCCCAUAUUGAAAAGGUAUGUUUCCAAAAAUUUGUGUUGCGGAUUUGAGGCCACAGAUCACAUCUGUCUUGCAAGAAGACAAGGGCAGAAGCUUCCGCCCCAUUAUGGAAGCGAUUUGUCAUGCUGUUGGGCCUAAAGGGGCGUCGUUUGCCAUGCUGAAUAGGUAGACACAUGCGCCUCUACCUAGCCUGGGGAUCUGGCCGCAAUGCCUCUCUGCAAUACAAAGCUGAUUUGUGGCCCCAAAUCAGCAUCACAAAUUUCCGCUUUGAUAUGGGGUGGGGGGAUUUUUCAUUUUGAUAGUACGGGGCGAUUACCGCGGCCGUGGUGAUCACCGACCAUGAAACGAACCACAGUCGCGGCUUCGGAUUCGUCAACUUUCGCAACUCCGACUCCGUUGUCAAGUGUUUGGAGGAGUAUAAUGACGUUGCUUUCCUUUUGACAUGCAUAAAACACACUAUUUUUCCUCUUCAUGUUUUAUUGGAAAGACGUUUUUUGCCUUUCGGUUUUGUUACAUCCAUCCGCAAUACGACCGUACAACAGUUACCACGAGCAUUUUAUCGACGAGAAAUGGGUGGAGACCAAGUGCUGCUUGCCCCGCGACGGGCGCAAGGGAGGGCAGUACAACAAUUCCGACAACUACUAUUACGGCAGCGCCGACAACUUCGACAACUCCUACAGUUACUACGGUUCCGCGGGCGGUGGACAAGGCUCUUCCAACGGUUCCUACGGCAAGGGUGGGCAGAAGAAGGGCAGCCAGGGCGGCGGGUACAUAUGCAUUGCAAAUAUGUCUGGGUCUGGAAGAAUGCAAGUUUGUCAUGCUUGUCUCACAUGACUCUUAAAUCUGUAAUGCAUCAGCAGGAAAAACAAAAAAGGCUGUCUCCUGUCGUGCAAAUAUGCAAUUUGUCAUGCGGAAAGCGAAACACAGAGGAGCUCCAAAACUUGUCAUGCGUGGCUGCGUAUUGUAAUGCGCCCACCAUUCACAAACUAGCAUCACAAGCUUCCAGACCCAGACAUAUUUGCAUUUGAUAUUACAAGUCGAUGGGGAAGUCCGGUGGUGCGGGGCACAAGUCUGUAUCAACUGUAAAAAUGUCUGGGUCUGGAAGAGUUCAUGUUUGUCAUGCUUGUCUGGCAUGACUCUUAAAUCUGUCACGCACGUUACCCAAGAGCUCCGUUUUUCUGUGAUGCAGAAGCGCAGUUUGUCAUGCAGAAUAGGCAACACCUAGGAGCUCAGAAACUUGUCAUGCUGAGCCAGCAUCUGUAGCCUCAUCAUGAGACGCCACCCAGCAUCACAAGUUUCCAGACCCAGACACUUUUACUUUUGAUAGUCUUCCGGGGGAUACUACGGUGGGAAGGGCAGCGGCAAGAUGUCGUCGUACAACGGCGCGGACUACGGCGGAAAGAUGAAGGGCGGACAGCAGCACAACUACAACAACUUCUACAACAACCAAGCCAUGCAGCAGCAGAAUGCCGCACAAUACAUGGCCGCGAUGCAGCAGCACCAUCACGCGGGGGGUGCGCCGAACAUGCAGAUGCUGAAUCAGAUGCUGCUGACCAUGAACCCGUAUCAAAUGUAAAAAUGUCUGGGUCUGGAAGAUUUCAAACUUGUCAUGCUGUCUCUGGAUUCUAAAAAAAUUUGUAUUGCAUGACCAGCAAAAGGACUCCAGUUUGUGCUACGUGAAGACGGCAUUUCUCAUGCGGUAGAGACAUCGCAAAGUCCUCUGAAAAUCUGUGAUGCUAGGGCAUGCAUCACAGACAUCAUGGGUCAUUCAAAAUAUGCAUGACAAACCUGGCAAUCUUCCAGACCCAGACUUUUUUACAUUUGAUAACCCGUUCCUGGCCGCCGCGGCCCCGGGCUCCUUCGACGUGAACGCGCUGAACGUGAACCCUAUGCAGCUCCUAUCCUAAGUAAAAACGUCCCCACCCCAGAGUUGUCAUGCAGAUUUGCAAAGACCGGAAGACUUGUAAUGCGCAUCCCCAUGAGAGCCAUUUCCAAUCGUGGUUUGGAAUUUGUGAUGCUGUGAACAGGAUGAGCAGAUGGAUUUCUGAUGCAGCUGGCCUUGCGCACCUGCACUACGCUACGGACUGCAGCUUGUGAUGCGUGACUCACAAAACUCCUAGGUUUGUGUUGCAAAAUCCCCACCCUGACUCUGGUGUGGGUACGUUUUUACUCAGGAUAGCUCCAGAUGCAGAUGCAGCUCGCGCAGCAGCUGCAGCAGGCGAACUCGUCCCUGCAGCAGGCGGAAGCCGCGUAUGGUGCGGGCUUCGGCGGUGCCGGCGGUCCCGCGGGGGGCAUCCCGACCGGGUACGAACAGUGGGCUUCGCCCGUGCUCAGCCACACCGGCAGCUACGAGGAGUAUGGCAACUACGGGGCGGCCGCGUACCAGCAGUCCGGUUCGAACCAGUCCGGGGGAGCGGAUGGGGGCUCGGCCGGGGGGCAGUACGGGGGAGGCAGUGCCGCGGGCGGCGGGGCCACGUACUACCAGGCGCAGUGAGUGGUAGCGGCCAGGAAAGAUGUCGACUUGGGAGUAGAUCGGAUCAUUUGACUGUACGAUGAAAACAAGCAGGUCGCGAAACAGGUGCGACUGUGAGUAACUUUAGAAAUCUAGAGAUUCAAAUCGUUUAUGCUUUUCUAUUGCUAUUAAAUCCCUAUGUUAAAAUGAAUUUGAAACAACUUUAGGUAACAGUAUACAAGAAAGAUUGAGUUUUAAUAACAAAUGCAGGAUAAGGUUUGAUGUACAAGUCGUUUUCAAUUCUUUUGGUUCAAAAGUUUCCGCUGGAGGAUACUACAUCACUUUUUGUAAGAUUUUCGAUUAGAGGCUCGUCAGCAAAGGUCAUCAAGACCAAUGAAUAAUUAGGUUAGGAACUUCCUCCAAGUCCGCAGUUCCAUUUCGUGUCAACUUCUUUUGUACAGAGGUAUCAGUACUACUCGCGAGCUUCUAGUAAUGCUUUCGGUCAAGAAGAGCAUCAAAGUUUCUGUUUCUCGUCUAUCAAACUAUGCACCUGCCAGUGCAAAAUUUUUCUUUCCUUUUCGCGAGACUAGCGCUUCUGUUUCGGUGUACCAAGAGCAACAAAUAAAAUGCGAUGAAUAAUAAAUCAAUCAGUCUACAACUUCACAAGCUACGCAGAGUUGGUUGCCCCGUGAACUCGAAAUUUUCAGCUUAAAUAUUCCUAGCAACUUCUGGGCGACG